GGCUACUGUACGCCCACCCACCGACGUCGGUCGCAGACCUCUCCUCAACGAGCGAACAAGGCUCUCUCUCUUGCCUCGCUGUCAGACUCACAAAAUAGUUCCCUCCACCACAGGCGAUCCGCACCAGCUGGCUCUGUCUCGUCGCCCACGUACUCAGCGCAUUGUACUAUUUGUGUGAGUGUGAACUCGACAGCGCUGGCGCAUCCGGAGAUUCACACCGGUCCUCCUUUGUCUCCAGUGCUUGUAUUCUCCACCGCUGUAGUCGUAUGAAACAGUCAUGACAGAAACGCUCAACGUAGACGAAGCCAUCCGCGUCGUAGUCGCGCCUUCGCAGGCCUCCUACUUCGCCGGCGAACCUUUCUCAGUGACAGUCACUUUCACCAACACCCGUACACCCGAUGCGGUCACUCCUCGCUCUGCGUCCCAUACACACAAACGCAGUGCCCACUCCAUUAGCUCAGUCCCCCUGGCGCGUCCUCCGACCUCCCCUGGUAUGCUCCGGACCGCUCUACCAGCAGUGCCCACACGCAAUACGGAGUCCAACGUGGCGUUGACCAGGAAAGGCCUCAUAGGCAAGGGUCGCACGGUCCACGGACUGGGUGUCACACCGGGCGUCGUGGCAGUACCAGGCAGGAAACCACUAGUAAAGUCGCUGUCAAUAUCAAUCACCUCGCAUGAGCUAGAGGGCGACUCUGGCAAGGGGAAGUCGCCCCUCAAUCCCUUCCGGACAAAUGGCAUUCGCGCCGCAUCUCCGUCUUCACCCCGCAUACCGUCGCCGCUUGCGCGGUCGACAUCGUUCCCUAUUGCACCCUCUCAUCCACAUGCGCGCAAGCAGUCAGUACUGGAUGGUCAGAUUCAGGUUCAGGAUGUCAAGCCUGCCCCCAGUCCCUCGCCACUGUCUCCCUCUAGCAACCCAUCGACGUCUUCUCAUUCCCUGUCUCUCGACCCUAUAGCAGAGAGCGGCAGCUCUCCAACCACGCAGCCCGCGACUCCCGCGUUCACUUCGCCCAUUUUGGAAAGCAUUCCUCCCACUAUCCGCUCCCAAAUUCCCUCGACCUCAGGUGUGACCGGUUUCGCCGCAAGUCGACCGCCACAACGGCGGCCACCACAGCUGGGGCACGGGCCGCCUCCCACCAUCAAUGUCCAGCCUCCUCGAUCCGCAUAUUCCUCCUCUUUCCCCACAGCAAACACUGAACUUAUCUUAUAUUCUUAUGCACAGCUCGUCGGGACGCUCUCGCUGACGCCUGCGCCGGGGGCAGUCGUGUCGCCCGAGCAAGCCCGCAACCUCAACCACGUCCGGUCCAGUCUGCUUAAGCGGCAGGUGGUGGGGGGCGGGAGCAUGGACAUGACGCCGCUGCUCAGCCCACAGUCGUUCCCGCCAGGACAGCAUCCGUCGACGAGCAGACCGCGGCACGGGCGAAGCACGUCCGUGUCGUCCUCCAUCUUUUCCCUCCUCGCGCCUACACCUGCACCACAGACACCAGUAUGGAAGCCGUCACACCGGACGCAUGCACCAUCCAUGUUCUCUCUGUUCUCCUCCGGGCAGCCUACGCCUACGCCCUCAAGUGGGAUAGGCUUAGGGCUCGGGCUAGGACCGGGCGGGAACUUGGGGGGCGACGAGGAUGUCGACCCAGAGACGCCGCUCCCGACGUUCGAGGUCCAGCCCUCCAUGCUCGCGGUCGACCUCAGCCUCGCCCCGGGCGAGUCUCGAAGCUAUACGUAUAGCUUGGGGCUUCCCGAGAACCUCCCGCCGACGUUCAAGGGGCGGACACUCAAGCUGUCGUACCAGUUCAUACUGGGCGUGUGUAGGGCGGGCUCGAGCGACCCGACGAAUCGUUCCGGGGCGACGAGUGCGAAUAGCAGCAGUAGGGUGAUGAAGGUGCCGAUACGGCUGUAUUGCCAUGUCGCUGUUGGUAGACCCCCGAAGCCCUACGACUUGCUUUGGCCGGUAUCGUACUGGAAAUCAAAGGGGCCCCAGAGCACUGCGAAGGUCAUUGAGGAGCCGAAGCAGCUAUCCAAGAAGCCCGAGUCGUCUUCUGCAGCACCCCUCCGGAGAGACUCCAGAGGCGGCAGCCUCGAAGAGCUACAAGACUAUGCAACGCAUCUCCUCUCCUCUCUCUCGGAUCCAGAUUCACGUGUGAAGCUCCCUCUGGAGGCGAUUGAACUCGAGCGGGACCGCGAGCGCGAGGAGGCCGGUGGACUCUCAGGCUGCAGGCAGGCGGUAGAGAUCAUCACGCGGAACCCCAGGAAGGCAUCCUAUGACGUGAAUAAGGACGGAGUGAAGGUUGCAGUGUUGACAUUCACGAAGUCUGCAUACCGCCUAGGGGAGACGGUGCUGGGAGUCGUGGAGCUCAACGAACGCCCGAGCCGUGCUCGCGUGCUGAAGCUCUCCGCGAUGCUCGAGGCGCACGAGUCGCUGCCGGGCUCGCUGUGUCCCGCGACGACAUCGCGGCAGAUGCGGCGCGUGCACGCCGAGCACCACUCUUCAUUCCUGCCGUCCACACUGCGGACGACAUUCUCGCUCGACAUACCGCCGGACGCGAGCCCCGCGUUCCAGGUCGACGUGGGUGCGGACCAGGGCGGCGGGCGCCCCGGCGGCCUCGAGUGGAAAGUCCGGCUGUGUCUGCUGGUGGCGGUCGCGUCUCCGACGGCGCGUGUGGGUGCGGACGGCGCCCGGCUGCGACAUCUGGUGCGCGACGGACCGGGCGGACAAUGGGGCGCGUCGUGGAAGGCUGCGUCGACAAUUGCACCGAUGGAGCGGCCGGAUCUUCGUGCAGCGCAGGCGGGCGCCGCGGCGCAGAGCCCAGUCACGCCUGGCACGGCCGCGUCGUGGCUAUCUUACUUCACCGCACCGCUAAUGGGCCCGGCGUCGACGUUCCACGACGGGGAUGAGGACGCGAGCGACGAGGGAGGCACGGUGAUCGGGGACAGUGAGGAGGAGUGGCGGGAGGUGAAGGCGGAGAUGGUCGAGUGCGAGGUACCGAUCAGGGUGUGGCCGGGGAACACCGCGUUCAAGGCUACGGAGGUUGUGUUCGAUGUUUGA